UCAGCAAUUAUAGUUAUCUCUGAUUCAGAUGAUAACAAUGAUUCAGAUGACGAUGAACUGCCAUCUCUCGAAACUGUGUUAAAAAACAUAACCAAAUUCACCAGAUACAAGAAAAUUAACAAUAUUGAGCUUAUCGAGAUACAAGAUGAUACCAUGGCUGCGAAUAAUAAUAAUGAUGAUUUCACACGGCAACUCCAGGAUCCUUUAGCCAUUGAUCGAUUAGUUCCUGGAUAUUAUGGAAUGAAAGGGUACAUGCUAAUGUAUGAACACUUGAUGAAAAACACCGCAGUGUGGGAACUAAACCUAGGAACAGAUAUGAAUAAACAAGAAUUUAUGCGAGAGGUUAUUAUUCCCGAAUUGGGUGUUAUGUUCAUAAUGACAGAUUUCGAGAUCUAUGAUUACGACACUGCUAUAAUAAUCACACGUAAGAGCGUUGAAUACGGUAACAAGAAUUUUUUCGAAGACAGAAAUGAUGAUUGUUUUUGGUGA